AUGGCUCAAACGCAACGAGUCGAUCCGGCAGCUAUCGUCCCUGACGAUGCGACUGAGGAUACUGACUCUUCCCUUGGAGAGGAUCUCCAGUCUUCUACUGCAAGUGUCUCUAGCUCGAUCCUGAAUUAUCGCCGCGAGAACGGCAGAACAUAUCAUGCCUACAAAGAUGGAAAAUAUGCUUUGCCAAAUGACGAAGCUGAAAAUGAGAGACUUGAUCUCCAACAUAACCUGUUUCUACUCACUUUUGACGAUAAGCUUGGUUUAUCACCACCGAAUAAACUAGAUGCCAAGGUCAAGCAUGUUCUGGAUGUCGGGACAGGUACUGGCAUAUGGGCUAUCGAUUAUGCAUAUGAGCACCCUGAAGCUCAGGUCAUUGGGGUUGAUCUAUCCCCAAUCCAACCAGACUUCGUCCCGCCGAACGUCAACUUCGUCAUAGAUGAUAUCGAGGAUGAGUGGACUUAUAGUCAGCCAUUUGACUACAUUCAUAGUCGUGUCAUGACAUCUUGCAUCGCAGACUGGGGCGAUUAUCUCAAGAAGUGUUUCAACAACCUUGUCCCUGGUGGCUAUCUCGAAAUCCAAGAAGUUGACGUGAACAUCAAGUCAGAUGACGGCAGUCUCAGCCCAGAUAAUAUCAUGCUAAAGUCUCUGGCCCUGUUAAAUGAAGCGUCUGUCAUGUUUGGCCGGCCAUACCUUGAUAUCCUGUCACUCGUGGAUAUUAUGAAAAACAUCGGCUUUGAAGAUGUUGUUGCUGAGAAGUUCAAGUGGCCUAUCAACUCUUGGCCCCGAGACAAGAAGGCUAAGUUGCUUGGAAGUUGGUGCUAUACCAAUAUGGCUUGUGGUCUCGAGGCCUUCACUAUGGCGCCAUUGACUCGUGCUCACGGAUGGACGCCUGAGGAAGUAAAUCUCUGGCUGGUCCAUCAACGGAAGGCGAUGGCUGAUAGGAACACUCAUGCGUAUUGGCCGCUCUAUUCUAUCUAUGGAAGGAGGCCAUUAAAGGAGAACUGA